AUCCAUGCGGGGGAACACCUCAAAACCUACACAAGGGAUAUGGGUAAUUUGAGGCAAUUAACCAACAUCCAUCUCCACCCCCUCUUGUAUGUGUAAUUCCAAAGAGUUGGGUUAUAUAAGGAGGCUGUGAGAGGGUGAGAGGUAACCAGACCUUCUUUUCGGCAGCAGGAGAAGGUUGUAAAUAUGGAGCGUCUAAUGGUUACUACGUUAAUAUCUGUGGUGGUUUUGACUCUGUGCGAAGCUGCCCCCACAACUACUCAAAGCCCAGAUGAACAGUCAAGAGCAGAGGUAUAUCUAUCCCAAUUCUAUUCCAUUCCUGGUCCUUCUGACGCACAAGCCAGACAGAUCACGGUGGGUUCCUUUGAGACGGGUUUGGAGAGCAUGCAAGAGUUCUUUGGUCUAGAAGUGACAGGCAAGCUCGACACCAAUACCCUAGAGGUGAUGUCUAAGCCCCGCUGCGGUGUCACAGACCUGGCCAGAUACGGACACUUCUGGGGAAAACCCCGCUGGGAGAAAAGUGUUGUUACUUACAGGAUAACUGAGUACACGUCAGACCUGAGCAGAAGUCAGGUGGAUACAAUCAUUGCUGAGGCUUUCAAGCUCUACAGCGACGUCAUCCCCCUGGACUUUACACAGAUGUACAGUGGCACAGCAGACAUCAUGAUCCUGUUCAAAGCCAGGAACCACGGUGACUUUUCUCCAUUUGAUGGUCCGGGUGGGGUGCUUGCCCAUGCCAGCUCCCCAGGAGAAGGUGAAGGGGGUGACACACACUUUGAUGAGGACGAGGCCUGGUCUCUAAGCGACAGAGGGAUCAACCUGUUCUUAGUGGCUGCUCAUGAGUUUGGCCAUGCUCUGGGACUUGACCACUCACGUGACCGCUCAGCCCUGAUGUUCCCCACCUAUCAAUAUGUGAGAACUCAGGGUUACAAGCUACCUGCUGAUGACACACGUGGAGUACAGGCUUUGUAUGGUGUUCGAACACCAUCUCAACCAGAUCCCAAACCUCAACCCAAACCUCAACCCAAGCCAGAUCCCAAACCUCAACCCAAACCUCAACCCAAUCCAAACCCUGAGCCCAGACCAGACCCUCCAGUUAGAUGCGACAGGAAUCUUGUCUUUGACGCAGUAACUCCUAUUCAAAACGAGCUUUACUUCUUCAAGAACGGGUAUUUCUGGAAAAGGAAUGGUUAUUCCACUGGUGUGACGUCACGGCCCGUGAAAUCCAUUUGGCCACAAAUCAACUCCAUCGAUGCUGCAUAUGAAUACAAGAAAAGAAACAUAGCCUACUUCUUUGAAGGAGAUCAUUACUGGGGCAUCAGAGGCAACACCGUGCUCCCAGGCUAUCCCAAAUCUCUGUCCAACUUUGGCUUUCCCUCAUCGGUGAAAAAGAUAGAUGCUGCUGUCCAUGUGUCGUACACUGGAAAGACACUCCUGUUUGUGGACAGCAGAUACUGGAGUUUCAAUGAGAGGAGAGGCAAAAUGGACCGUGGAUACCCAAGAAACAUCCGCCAUGACUUUCCUGGCAUUGGCUACAAGGUGGAUGCUGCUUUUGAAAACGCUGGUUACUUGUACUUCUCCGACGGCGCCAGGCAAACAGAAUACUAUUACCCAACAAAGAGACUGGUCCGUGUUCUGCUUAACUACGGGUGGCUGAACUGCUACUAGGAAAUCAGCACCCCCAAGCCAUGGGUUACUAUCACAGUAUACUCCAAGUUUUAGACCUGAACACAUAUUGAUUAAUUAAUACGAUUGCUUUCUCAUUACAUUAAUGAAUCUUGCAACUGGAUGGGGGCUCCAUUUUUAGGAGGCCAAUCUAAAGACUAAAUAAAGCUAUCUAGCACCAUGAAUGUGCCGUCUUCUUUCUGAGCUUGCAAAGCUAUGUUCAUUGUCACCGCCCUGACGUUUCUAGUGAGAGUAAAACCUCCCAUAUUGAGAUACUAUUUAACUGCCCUUCAUUCCUGUAUUCUAUGUCCAGUCCUCUGAAAGGCUCAGCUUGAGUGUAUCAGACACCUGCACCUUACAGAUCUGUAAUAAAUACUUUGAU